AUGAUCCAUCGUCAAGCGCUCGCGUCAAAAACGCUUCCAGCUUCCUUGCAAGAGGUCCUGGAUCUAACGAUCCAGAUUGUUAACUUUGUCAAAGGGGGAGCUCUCAACACGAGGCUCUUCAAGGAGCUGUGCAGUGAUAUGGACGCAGGACAUCAGUUCCUCCUUUUUCACGUGAACGUUCGUUGGCUUUCAAGGGGAAACGUGACUGCCAGGGUGUUCGAACUCCGUGAAGAGCUUAAGGUAUUCUUCCAAGAACAGGGCAAGGUGACGUAUUUCGCCUGGUUGAGCGAAGAAGCGUGGAUAUUGCGUCUCGCCUACUUGGUGGACAUGUUUGAGCAGCUGAACAAGCUGAACCUUCAGAUGCAAGGAAGAAACACGAACAUAAUCAAGUUCAUCGAUUCACUGAAGGCAUUCUUGUGCAAAGUGCAAAACUGGAAAAGGAAAGUGAAGGGAGGCAACGUCGCCAUCUUCGAGAAGCUGUCCUCAACGCUUAGCGGCAGUUACCAUGAUGGCAAAGCUCCAGCGUUCACCAGAAAAAAAAUUCUGCUCCACUUGACAGCUUUGAAAGGGGAAUUCCACAGGUACUUCCCUGAACUUAGGGACGACGACUUGGCUCUAGUGCGGAACCCUUUCAAGCUCGCAGUGGGGAAGGUGCCUGAUAAUUGUCAGGACGAAUUUUUGGAACUGCAGACUGAUUCCGGAGCAAAGGACACGUUUGAAGGGAAAACCAUAACAGAGUUCUGGCCGCUGAUGUGCUGUUCUUACCUCAAAGUUUCGGAAAAAGCGCUUCGCACGUUGCUUCCUUUUGUGUCAACCUACCUGUGCGAGUCUGGGUUCUCGGCGCUUUUACAGAUCAAAUCGAAGCAACGAAGCAGGCUAGAUGUAGAAUCUGAUCUGCGCUGCGCUCUUUCGUGCACAGCUCCGCGAAUCGGGGGACUCCUGAAGAAUAGGCAGUCAAAAGUGUCGCAUUGA